AUGGACGACGCCGACAAUGCCGACGAAGCCGUCCUCACGACCACAAAAAGACCAGCAGUUCCGAGGCCUAUUCCACAAGGGUAUGAUCAAGAUGGGAACCGGGUCAUCCCACCGCAAUUGCAGGCAGAGUUCACAACGAAUGAAGGCGACGAGCUUAUCGCGCUGUUUGAGAGCGCGGACGAAGACAAAAGCGGAUCGGUCGACGAGCAAGAGUUUCGCAAGUUGCUCGUGAGAAUGGAUAUUUGCAUAUCCGACGAAGAAGUCGACAAACUCGUCGUCGAAGUCGACACCAACAACAACGGGCUCAUUGAAUGGGACGAGUUUGUGAUGAUGGUCUCCAAGGCCAAGCGCGGCGACGUCCGGUUCAAUAAACUGCAUGCCAUGACGGAAUCACUGAAUACGACGCCCGUGGCAAUGCUCGAGUCCGAAGCCGGCAAGUUCGGGCUUGAUGUGGUGUUCCGCCUAUUGGAAGAACGCAAAGCGACUAGCUAUAACCCCAAGACGUACGUGGUCGAGGUGACGAUCACGACGACAAGCCCUGCCGACGGCUCGACGGAGAGGCAGUCCUACCAAGCCAUUGGAUUCUCAUCCCGGGAAGCGAAAUUCAAAGCGGCGGAGCUUGCACUCGUCAAAAUGCGCAAGAUGAAGCCCGGCUUCGAGUUUCCCGCCGGAGUGGUUCCACCCACAUGGGACGAUUGGGCGUUUAAUAACUUGAACAAAGGAGUUGCGUCGCUGAAGGUCCUGAAAACGCUGGUCGAGAAAGGCUUCACGCCGGCCGACAACCUCGUGUUCAUGAAGCGGUUUUCUCUCCACGUGUCGUAUUUGCACGUAAAACACCAGAACCUCGACACGGCGCUCGUCUUUCCAAACUCCACGUCGCUCACGACGCCGUGGUGCCGAUGGGUCGACGAGCAAGUAGCUAGGGGCAUGGAUGGUGCCCUCGUCCUGCAACAGCUGUGCCACGGCGGCUACGACUCGACCAAGGACCCGCACUUCGUACAGCAGCUCUUGCAAGGCAAGAAAAACGGGGCUGUCCCGCCAGUGUACGACUUUUGGCAAUGUGUGCAGACGGGCAACUUGCACGAAACUAAGCUCUUUGUGUGCGCCGGCCAAAAUGUGAACGAGGCCAAGCUCGACCGGCAUGCCAAGACUUUGUACACGCCGCUGCAGCUGGCCGCCAAACUCGGGUACUUGAACAUGGUCGAGUACUUUUUGCAGCACGGAGCAGAGGUAGCCGCCAAAAACAGCUUUCGACGAACGGCGCUCAUGUUUGCAGCGCGCCAUGGUCACCCCGCGGUCAUCAAGCUGCUGCUGCGCCACGGCGCAUCCAUCUUGGAUCGAGAUAAUCUGGAAAACACCCCGUUGCACAUGGCGGCCAUGGCAGGCUGUACGCGGUCGUGCUUGGAGCUCCUCACAUUUGAUGAGGAAUACGUACGGUCGUGCAUCAUCAACACCAACAAGAGCCUCAACUUUCUCGACGAAACGAGAAGUUUCCGAGGCAUUGUCCGGGCGCUAUUUGCCGACAUGAUGCAGGCCAAACUUGCGCGGAACGCACGGCCGACAUUUGCCCUCGCGUGGUUGCAUGAAGCCGUCGACUUGGCCUACGCUAAAAUCAUUGCCCCCAACCACGAGGCCGCCGGCCAAGUCCAACGCCCAUCGGGGCACGUCAUCACUCGCAUCAUACAUCGACUCCAGUACCUACAACACGACAUCCCUGACACGGGCGAUGAAGUCGAAGUGCUUCAGAUGGAAAAAGAUAGCCAGCUCUGCAUCCUGAACGCAGACCAUUUGCAGGUGUAUGUCGAGCACUGCUUUCUUGAAGCGUACAAGAAUGCCCCGAAUCGACAAGGCCGGACGCCCCUCCACUUGGCUUGCGACGAGAAUCUCGUGUGCACGCAUGAGGGAGCUCUUCGUGUCCUGCUCGAUUCGUUUGGCUGUGAUCCACAUAUCAAGGAUCAUAUGGGUCGAACGCCGCUCGAUUUGCUUUUACAGCGAAAGCACCGCCCCGGGAGCCCCAAGGAGAACCGCGAGCUUGAAGUGACGCUACAGAGAGCUCGCCAUCGCCGCCGGAUGAACCAUGCAGCCCGACGGCAACUGGAACAGGAUGCCGUGAAACGCGGAGCAUUCGAAGAGAAUUUGCUGCAGCAACUGCCCCGACAACCCGAAACGAACGACAUCGACUUGAAGCAUGCCAUGGAGACAGCGACAGUCGUGGCAACGAUCGCUGGCUGGCGGGAAUACAAAGAUGCACAGAGCCUCAACCACUUUUACGAGAACGUCAACACGGGCCAGCUGCAGCUGCGUAUCCCAGACGACGUCCGCGCCGCGUUAGCCGUGCGGAUGCAGUGGUUUUUCCGAAAGCAGUCGGCGCGGCUGUUGGAGAAGCGAGGGAGCUGGACCAUGCACAAGCACGCCGAGAAGCAGCGUGUGUUCUUUUACAACACGGAAACGGGGCAAUACCAAUGGACAAAACCGACCGUCGUCGACGGAUGGGCCAACAUUCCACCCAACAUCAAGCGCACGCUCGACGCGGUGGCGACGCCCGACUCGGACGACGAAGACAGCGACGAUAGCGAGCAAGGCGAGCAUCGCGAAGGCAUCGACCAAGUGUCACAGAAGCUGCUCCGGGUGUUUGGUCCCUGGGAAGAGCACCAAGACGCUGUCACGGGUGGCCGUGUGUACUACAACACAGACACGCGCCAGCUCACUCGGGACAAGCCCGACGCCGUCCUCAACGACGAGCUCAAGCGGCAAGCGUAUGCGCUCCUCACCAAGACCGCCGAGUUCAAAGAUCGCAUUGGCAUGUGGGACAAGUAUUUCGACGUGCGCACGGAGCACUACUUUGUGUACAAUCGCGCGACGGGGGAAGGGCGCCAUGAGACAGAGUACGUCGAGGGCGACCUCCGGCAGGAAGCGAUCAAAGCGUCGGCGCAGGACGCAACGGUGCAGUUGGUGCGUCGGCUCACGGACGAAGAGUUGUCGAAACAACGAGACAAUGAGCACUGGAUGAACAUCUUGCAGCGCGCUCGCCGCCGGGAUACACUGACGACUCUUGUAAAGAAGGAGGUCGUGGACGAUGCCACCCGCCGACUGAACCAACUCAACGACGCCAUCCUGCGCAAGAUUCACGCUGAUUUUGCCACGGCAACGAUGGGGUACCGCGAUGCCCGCGUUGCGACGGAGCAGCGAGCGUUGAUGAAGGCGCGGGCCCUGGGGCUCUUUGUAUCGGAGAAAAUCGUGAUGGCGCCGUCGCGUGCGUCCACAGAGGCCAUGGAAUUCACCGAGUGGCUUCAACGGGAAGAAGCGGAAAGCCACGCCGUCGAAGACACGGAUGCGAAUCCAAGCGAGAGCGCCCGCCGUCGUAUCGUUCGCCUUGUCGAAGAUGCUGCGUGGAGGAUGGACAGUCACUACGCAUUGUGUUUCUGGGGCUGUCGGCUCUGGAGUCUCGUGGGAAUGCAAAAGGCCGACCACGAACACGACGAAUGCAAACGACGCGUCAUGGUGUGUCGGUUGGGCUGUCCUGUCAUGCACGAAGCAUUUCAAUGGCAGCAGUGCCAUGGCCGCGACCAAAGUGAGUUGGAGUGGCAUGAAGUGUACGAGUGCAGCUCGAGGCUGAUCAAGUGCCCGCGGGACUGCGGCGUGUGGGUGUCGAACGAUGCGCUCCAACACCACACCGAUUUCACAUGCGUCAAGCGACCCGUGCCCGACUUGGCAUGCCGCGUCGGGUGCGGCAAGGUUUUUGCAGGCGCAAACAAUCGCAUUCUCGAGCUCGAACAAGAGCGAAAGUGGCACGAGAUGGAGGCAUGCCCGAAUCGAAUUGUCUCGUGUGCAUGGCCAGGGUGCGACGUCCACAUGAUGGCCAAGGAUCGUAAACUGCACCGUGCCGCCCAUCUCUGCGCGUCGGGCAUCACAACGUUCAAAACGAGUGGGUCGUUCGAGUUUGUCGUGCCCAAAGAUUGCAAACACAUCAAGAUUCAAGCGUGGGGGGGUGGAGGCGGCAGCGGAGUCUUGCAUGGUUACAAGUUUGGCCAUGGCGGCGGCGGCGCCUUCGUCGAAGCCAUAUCCCCCGUGCAUCCUGGCGAGACGCUGCUAAUUGUCGUGGGGGAAGGCGGGCGCGGCGGCGUGUUUGGUCACAUCCACCCCAGUCACACGCCCGACGGGCUCCCCCUCGUGUCCCAGGUUGGGCAAGCUGUUGGUGGUCUUCCCGGAGGGGGGUCGGGUCACAGCAGCAACAAUGGAUGGGCAUGUGGAGGCGGCGGGGGCUACACGAGCAUUUGUCGAAAGGGUCCGUUUGGAAUCAUCACGCUUGUGUUGGUCGGUGGAGGUGGGGGCGGCGGCUGCCGCGACGGCCUUGGCGCUGGCGACGACAAGCCUCUUGACCCUGCAGUCAAAGUCGACAUGCGCAAUGGAGGCAUGGGAAGCCCACUUCAAGGCGGGGCUCCAGGUCAAGUGAGCACCCCAACCCCGGCGUUUGGCGCGACAGGCGGUCAACAAUACCAAGGUGGCAGUGGCGCUGAAUUCGGAGGGGGUGGUGGCGGUGGCUAUUUUGGAGGCGGCGGGGGCGGGUACUCCCCAGGUAUUGUCGGGGGCGGUGGGGGCGGUUCAAGCUUUGUCGACCGCACAUUGUUGGAGAAUGCCGUGAUGGAGAAAGCCAGCAAGCGUGUGCCGGGGGGGCUGGAUCGUCAUCCCCCGGCUGCAACCAACGACGAAGGCGGGGGCGUUUGUGGGGAAGGUGGCUUCGGUUCGAUCCGAGGCAUUUGUCCAGGCAACGACGGGUGCGUGCGUGUGGCGCUCCCCGUGCAGGAGAACGUCAAGUCGGAAAUGAAACACACUUAAAUUAAGACCUGCCAUUCUUCUUGGGGUCCGGCCGCGACGGCGGGCCGUCCGCUUUCCACCACGGCCGUGUGUGGCCCCAUUCGCGGUUUCGCGCCGACGCCCUCAUGCUCGCAUGGAGGCGCGUGCGUGUUUGAAGCGUCAGGUGGUCGCAUGUGGGCUUGGCCAUAAACUUGCUGCCAAGCGAAUGCGGCAUCUCGAAGCCACAGCUCUCAAGGAACAAAGUGAGCUUUGCAACCCGUUCGACGAGGGCCGGGUCCAUCGCAAGGGCCUCGGGCUGUAUGGCAAACUCGAGGCGGGCACGCAGCUCCUUCACAACCUUCUUUUCAAACUUGUGUCGGGCAAUGUCUUGAACGAUGAGCGAGCCCACGCGACUGUCCUGGAGAGCCUGGCACGCGUCCAUGGCGAGGCAAAACACUUGGCCGUUUGGUUCGAUGAAGCGCUGGCGCAUUUUCUCAAAGAUCUUGAGGACGUGGACGUAGGCGCCGCCGUCCAUGCACAAAAACAUGCCGAGGCCGUAUUGCUGGACGUCAAAGGGCUGCGUGCUUUCCAUGAGCAUGUCGAGAAUGCCAUCGUACUGUUUGGUGUUGCCCAUCAUGGUAAUGAUAGAGUCGACGACGCCGGUCGAUUUGUUCAGGAAUGAUCGCUUCGAGUUGAAUGCUUCGAGGAGCUUCGACCCCGCCUCGAACUCACAACCGAGGCUCAAGCUGUCCAGCAGCUGCUCAAACACCGUCGGGUGAAUUUGGUAGUCGUUCUGGAGCAUGUACAUCACAACGUCGGCGGCCAGGGUAGUUGCUCCGCGCGACAUGAGCCACUUGAGGCCGUUCGUCUGCAUCGACGGUGACAACUGACAUACACGGCGUUCGAGGUAGUUGCCUACAACCAAAAUGAGCCCAUGGUCGAGCGACAGACGCCAUGGACCAGACACUCUUGUUACCUUGGCUCUUCAUCAA